UCUAUGUUUAUACUGAAAGCAGUGCCGCAGGUUGCUGUAAGAUGUCAGGCCAGGAUAGUUUGCAAGCUAAUACUAACAGUAACCUCAUGAUCAAGGUAUGCUUUCCUGAGGAGAUGGGACCAGUCAAACCAGAUGACCUGGAUGUCUUUCUCAGGGCAGUGCAGGAGAUCAAGAUAUUGAAUUGUAUUCAGUGCACGUUGGGAGCUAGAGUUCUUGGUGCACCUACUACAGGACAAGUAGAUCAACCAGAUAGUGCAGUGUCCCCCUCCUCUAACUCAUCAGCUGUUUCUGUGAGUGCUGCUUUUGAUCCACCCGGAUACUACUGCAGAACUGCCGCUCCUUAUCACAGUACUGAAGGCAAAGACUCACUAAAACCCACAGUUAUUGUUGAACUAUUCUUUUCCUAUGAAGUGAAACUACCCGAUAAAGAGGUAACAGUGAGGGAAGUUACACAGACGCUGAAGAAUACACUGCUACGUGGAAAGGCUGAUGUGCAGGUCAAUGCUGUCAGCUUUCUCAUGUUUAAAAAUAACUGAAGCUAUGUGUCUACCAUGCAAUUCAAACAGCAUAGUCGAUUCUAGCUUGCUUUUAUGUUGUACGUUGCUUUUAAUAGCACAACAACUUUAACAUAGCUUCAAUUGUUUUAUAGAAUUUGUAGUUCUGUUUCCACCCGUCAAUUCCGUAUGUAUAGUUUUAGUUAUAUAGAUUGCGUAUCAUGUGA